AAAAUCCAACCCAUCUUCUCAGUAUAUCAUUCGAUUAGGGUUUCCUCGCCUUCCUAGGGUUUUCAUUUUGUCGGAGGCUCAGCUCAGCCAAGCUAGAGAGAGAUAGAGAGAGAGCUCCGUCGUCUCUCCACCGUACUGCAAAUAUGGGUAUCUCACGAGACUCGAUGCACAAGAGGCGUGCAACUGGAGGGAAGAAGAAGGCCUGGAGGAAGAAGAGAAAGUAUGAGCUUGGUCGUCAGCCUGCAAAUACUAAGCUCUCGAGCAACAAGACAGUGAGAAGAAUCCGUGUGAGAGGCGGCAAUGUGAAGUGGAGGGCCCUCAGAUUGGACACUGGGAAUUUCUCUUGGGGUAGUGAAGCUGUUACCCGUAAAACACGUAUCCUUGAUGUGGUGUACAAUGCUUCAAACAAUGAGCUUGUCAGGACGCAAACAUUGGUGAAAAGUGCAAUUAUUCAAGUGGAUGCUGCUCCAUUCAAGCAGUGGUACCUUCAGCACUAUGGCAUUGAGAUUGGUAGGAAGAAGAAGGCAGCUGCUAAGAAGGAAACCCCAGAGGAAGAAGUGGCUGCAGAGGAAACAAAGAAGAGCAAACAUGUCCUCAGGAAGCUUGAGAAGCGCCAGGAAGGUUGGAAACUUGAUGGCCACAUUGAAGAGCAGUUUGGUGGUGGUAGGUUGCUGGCCUGCAUCUCUUCCCGACCAGGUCAAUGUGGGAGAGCAGACGGGUAUAUCUUGGAGGGAAAGGAACUGGAAUUCUAUAUGAAGAAGAUUCAGAGGAAGAAAGGCAGCAAAGCUGCUGCUGCUUAAUCGGUGCUCUCUAACUGGGCACUUCUUUUGGGUUUGCUUUGUUGAAUUCCUUUCUUGCUUAUGGACCAAAUGGCUUGUUAUUGACUUUUAUUCUAGCUAGUGAUGAGAUGAUUUUACCUUGCUGUGUUGUGCUAGGAAGUUUUGACCUAAAAUAUAACAUGUUAUAAUGAUUUUUCUUCUUUAGCCCCAAAAUUCCAUUCA